AUGUCGAAUCCAUCCGAUAGGCCAUGGACCGAGGAGGAGAAGUACUUUCUACUCACCGAGAUCCUCAAAAAGGCCGGUAUCCCAUCCACUUAUCUGGUUCGCAUGAUCAAUGAGAAUCGCAUUUCGCCCAAUUGGGACCAUAUCCCUCUUCCGCCUGGUCGCACCAUGAGUUCCUGCAGGAUGGCCUAUGAGAGCAUGCAAGCCCAUUACCCUUCAUAUCCACCGGUUGCGACACCGGCGAUGCCCACCCCAGUCCAGAUACCUCGUGCAGAGGGAACUAGGGCAUCAGCACCACCCAUAGAUCCGAACCUGCGCAAACGACCAAUGUACGAUAAACCGCGCGCCAUUCAACCAAGACCCCCAGGGCCACCAGCCAGCGUCGCCUCGUACAGCAGUGAAAGUGGUACCUCAGCCCAGCUCUCUCCACGACUAGAAGGGACUCCCGGCGAGCCCCCGCGCAAACGAGGCCGUCCCAGCAAACUCGAAACAGAACGCCGCAAAGCCGCCGCCGAAGCCCGUGGGGAGACAUACCCUCCCCCGAGACGAUCCGGCUCCGGUAGACUCAAAAUUCCCCCGUCCCCUAAUAGUCCUGUCCCACUCGCACCCUACGCGCAUUCCGGUAUUCCUCAUCAGACGCAUGGCCUGAAUCCAGGGGCUGGUAUUACCAUUCCGUAUGAUCCUUCGGCUGGUCGUCCAAUUGCCCCUGCGCCAGGUCUGCCAGGCCCCGAGGAACGUCGGGACGUCCCGUCGCGCACCAUGGGUCGAGAAUUGCCCCAAUUGCCCCGCCCCCAAGAACUGGGUCACCCCCUUCCCUCCCCACAUGCUUUACAACUUGGUCCGCCGGAUGCUAUCCCCCGCUUCACGAGUAAUCCUGGUGCAUAUGGUGCCUCGGAUCGUUUCUCGCCCGAUAGUGGCCGGAGGGACUCGGUGACCAGUCGGGGAGAUCCAACAUCAAAGGGACAGGGACCUUAUGAUGGACGUGCAAGUUCUACCCCUGGCGAGAACCCUCGAUAG